AUGGAAGACUACCGAACAGCUUCUAAAUUAAUACCACAAGAUGGAUAUUUAGCUACAAUCGACUUAAAAGAAGCAUACCUACUUGUGCCAAUCCAUCCCCGGCAUAGGAAGUAUUUACGAUUUCAAUUCGAAACUCUUGAAAAUAAGUUAGUCACUUAUGAAUUUACAGCUAUGCCCUAUGGACUUUCUGUGGCACCUAGGGUUUUUACAAAAAUUAUGAGAGAAGUAAUUUCCUGUUUGAGAAGUCGUGGUCAUGAUUCAGUUAUCUAUUUAGACGACACUCUUUGUAUAGGUAGUAAUUACCACAUGUGUUCUACCAAUGUAAAUGACACAUUAAAGUUAAUGAAAUGUUUAGGAUUUAUUAUAAAUGUCGACAAAAGUUAUUUACAACCUAAUCAAACGUGUAAAUUUCUAGGUUUUAUCUUUAACACCACAAAUUUGACAAUAUCUCUUCCGGAAGAGAAACGUACUAGUAUUAUUCAAUUGGUUCAAAAGUUUUUGCGAAUAUCUCAUUGCACUAUCCGUGAAUUUGCACAAUUGAUUGGAGUACUUAUUGCUGCUUGUCCAGCAGUUAAGUAUGGUUGGCUUUACACUAAGAUGUUAGAAAGACAAAAGUUUCUUGCAUUAUUGAAAAAUAACAACUAUGAAAAAGAAAUAGAAAUUCCAAAAACUAUUUCUCCAGAUUUAAACUGGUGGAGUUCAAGUGCACUUACCACAUCAAACCAUAUGCGAAAUGCUGGUUUUAAAAUAGAGAUUUACACUGACGCAUCUCAAACAGGCUGGGGCGCAGUUUGCAGCGAAAAUCGCGCACAUGGUUGGUGGUCAGUGAGUGAACGUGAAUUCCACAUUAAUUAUUUAGAAUUGUUAGCAAUUUUUCUAGGUCUAAAGAGCUUAUCAUGCAAUGAGUCAAACUGUUCAACUCUAUUACGUGUCGAUAACACCACAGCUUUAAGCUAUGUGAACCGAAUGGGAGGGAUUCAGUUCCCUCAUUUAAAUGAUAUUACACGUCGAAUUUGGCGAUGGUGUGAAGAGCGCAACAUAGUUAUUUAUGCAUCAUACGUCAAUACAAAAGAUAACCGCGCUGACGCUGAAUCAAGGAUUGUAAACCCAGAUACCGAAUGGGAGUUGUCAGACUGCGCCUUUCACUCCAUCAUGUCGCAUUUUGGCCAACCGGAAGUUGAUUUAUUUGCCUCUCGUACCAACGCCAAAUGUCCAAGUUUUGUGUCCUGGAAACCGGAUCCAGAAGCAAUGGCUGUAGAUGCAUUUACUAUUAAUUGGAAUAAUUGCUACUUUUAUGCUUUUCCGCCUUUUUCAAUUAUUUUAAAGUGCUUGAGAAAAAUUGUAGAUGACAAGGCAGACGGUAUUUUUGUUUUUCCAUUUUGGCCUUCACAGCCCUGGUUCCCGUUGUUACAGAGAUUAAUGGGAACAUCACCCCCUGCAUGCACACCUUACCCUGGGUGUCGCGAGGCUCUCCAACAAGCCUUCGCUCAACGAGGAUGCCCUCCAGAGGCUUUAGUUUUAAUGCUGGCUUCGCUCUCUGAAAGUACGGUAAAACAAUACAAUGUGUCUUACAAACUAUGGUGGCAGUUUUGUAACCAACACAUUAUAAACGUUUUCUCACCAUCUUUAUCAUUUAUAAUGUUAUUUUUGACUGAACAGUUUAAUACAGGUUGCUCGUACGGUAGUCUAAACUCGCAUCGAUCUGCGUUGUCGUUGCUCUUUGGUAGCAAUCUUACUACCAAUGAUAGCGUAAAACGAUUGCUUAAAGGGGCAUAUAAAUUGAAACCAAGUGUUCCCAAAUAUAUCCAAACAUGGGACCCCCAAAUUGUUUUAAAUUACCUAAAAGAAUGGUUUCCUAACAUAAAUUUAAGCCUGGAAAAAAUUACAAAGAAGCUUGUGACCUUGUUAGCUAUUUGUACUGGUCACAGAGUCCAAACUCUGUCUCUUAUAAAAUUGGAAAAUAUUUCAUUUACAAGCAGUGGUGCAAAAAUAGUAAUUUCCGAUUUAAUUAAGACGUCCGUGCCGGGUCGUGAUCAACCUGUAUUAGUAUUACCAUUUUUUACACAUAAUUUAAAUAUAUGCCCUGCAAGUACAUUAAAAGAUUACAUUUCUUUUACAGAUAAAAAGAGAUUGCAAAACAAUGGUAAUCUUUUAUUAACUUUUAAACAUCCACACAAACCAGCCACGACCCAAACAAUAAGUCGUUGGAUAAAACAAGUACUUUCUGAGAGCGGAAUAGACGUGUCGGUGUUCGGUGCUCACAGCACACGACACGCAUCUACUUCUGCCGCUUUCAGCGCAGGCGCCAGCGUUGACACUAUACGUAAGGCUGCUGGGUGGACAUCCUCGUCUAGCGCUUUUGCCCGUUGUUAUAACCGCGUAUUGAUCGAUGAUGGAAACUUUGCGAAGUCUGUCUGUUUAUCAUCAAGAUAA